CCAAGAUACGUUUUCCCUUCCGUGUGUAGAAUUGUAAACAGUGUAACUUUUAUCAAAUGAUUUCUUCGUUUUGUUUCAAACGAGGUUAACUAGUGGUGAACAGAAGUUAACAUGGCAUUACCGAAAAAACAGUCUCCUUACACUUUUCACCACAUUACUGUCUUUAUUCUUACGUUUAUCAGCUAUUCCUUUUUUCAUGCUACAAGAAAGACAUUUAGUAAUGUGAAAUCAACCAUCUCACAAGAAUGGUCACCUUCUUUUCACAACAAAAGUGUCCAGGAAGUGAAACCAGAUCAGAUCUGGAACCGAAGACACAUGUUUCAAACAGCUGGAGAUGCUGAACCUUUCCUCGGAGCUCUUGAUGCUGCCUUCAUGAUAUCGUAUGCUGUGGGCGACUUCAUCAGUGGAUUUGUUGGAGAUAGAUUGAACAUGCGAUAUGUGUUGUCUUUUGGAAUGUGUACAUCAGCUGUUAUGGUGUUUAUGUUUGGCUGCACCAUAGAGUGGGUUCACUAUUACAACAUGUACUUGUACAUGUUUAUCUGGAUUAUGAAUGGGCUCUUACAAUCCACUGGAUGGCCUACAGUGGUUGCCAUAAUGGCAAAUUGGUUUGGACAUUCCAGUCGAGGCCUGGUGCUGGGUGUCUGGAGUUCCUGUGCUAGUGUGGGGAAUAUCAUCGGGGCGUUCAUGGUAGCUUCAGUACUCGACUAUGGCUAUGAUUAUGCCUUCCUGUUCACAGCGUCUGUCUUAUUUGCUGGUGGAAUUAUCAAUAUGUUUGGUUUGCUCACCACACCACAUGAAAAUUCUAUCAAAGUCUCUACACGUCGUCGUUCCCCGUUUUCGGACUUGAGUGGUAGCACCCACAAGUACCUGGAGAACAGGUCAAUGAUCAUCAUGAGGUAUCUCACCCCGUCAUUGUAUUUAGCCAACUGA